GGGUUUCGAUUUUGUAGUCGGGUUCGGGUUCGGGUUCGGUUUUUUAAAAAUCCGAUCAGAAUCCGACCCGUUUACAUCCCUAGUUCCGUCUUCCCCAAAUCUAACUCUGUCGGAUUCCCUUUCUCCCUUCUCUAUUCUCCCAUCGCCCUCUCCGACCGCUGAGGAUGCCCUAGAUCCGUCGUCCCGCCAGAGCUCCGCCCGGACCACCUCUCGCCAGACCACUCCGUCAAGCUCGCCCAUCCUCAACUGGCCGCCGCCGCUUAUCUCUCCUAUAUUUUUGUAAAGUUGAUAUUUUUACUGCAUCCCCUGUUAACUACUACUAUUAUACUUCAUGUCGUUACAUGGUGCUUUGUAUAGCAGAGGGAGCGAAGGCGAUGGUGCCUCAGAAGCGGCCGCGACUCGGGUCCAAGUCGGGCGCUGCCCUAGUACCGGAUGAGGGACUCAGCGAUGCGGAGCGCAUGAUCUUAGAGGCGAUCCGCAGCAAGGAGAACAUGGGGAUAUGGACUUUUGACCUUAAGAAGCUGACGAAUCUCCCCCGCGGUGUGUUCGACAAGGCCCUCAGGUUGCUCCAACAAAAAGGUUUGAUCAAGUGCGUCGUCAGCAUCCACAACAAAAGCAGGAAGAUGUACGUGGCCAGAGAGUUCGAACCCGCCAAGGAGAUAUCGGGGGGCACCUGGUAUUCCCAAGGAAGCCUCAACCAGGAAUUCAUCAGCGACGUCAGGUCCAAGUGCUUGGCGCAGGUCACCAGGCUCCGGAUUGCCACCAUCGAGGAUGUCUGGAAGGGAAUCCAAAUGUCCCGCGACAGCAAGGCCGACUUUACCCUUCAGCAGAUCAAGGAGAUUGUUCAGGCCAUGGUUUUAGACAAGGAGCUGGAAGAAGUGAAGAGCACCGGGGACGGCGAUUUCUCUGCGGUGCCGGCGGGAAGGCCGUGCUACAGGAGGUUCGAAAGAAGAGCACCUAUUGCUGGCGCUUUGUCUGCCAUCCCUUGUGGGGUGUGCCCUAGGAUAAGCGAGUGCACACCCGACGGCGUUAUCUCCCCCAACACUUGCAUCUAUUUCACUAAAUGGCUCGAAUUGGAUUUUUAGGUGCAAUCAUUCGUAACCUCUAUCUAUGUGACCUAACGCCUCAUAAUGGUAUCUAUUUUUAUUUUUUCUUUUUUUCUUUUUUUUUUUUUUUAAUGUCAAUUCAGCCUUUUGCUUUCUUUUAGUUUCUCAAAGAAUUUUGUGGAGUGUAUUUUUUUAAGAUCGCAAAUUAUGUUUGCCACCGUUAAUAACUAAACUGAUUCUUAAAAAAAAAAAAGAAAUUUCCCAAUGUUUUA